GGAGGAACUGUUGGAGCUCAAUGUGUCAUGGAGCAGAACCGUGUUGUAAUGUGUCUCCUUGGGAUUAUUUAACACAUUUUAGUUCGGUACAAAGUAAGGUUACAAAGUGUGGGAUCGCCGUCGUUUUUUUAGGAAAUGCAGGGCGUGUAGGGAAACUGGUGCAAGUAGUUUCGGAAGUGGAGCGUGGCAGAGAAAAGGAGGAAGGGGGGUUCUCUACGGUGUCAUACCCGAUAGCUCUCCUCGCGUGCUUCAUUGCCGACUCUCCAGCGUGAAAUAUGGCGGAGCCUGUCACGGUUUCCGACAAUAAACACAAAUCCCAGGUGAACUCCGGGGCGUCGUAUUCCGGGAACGGCCGCAGCAGCGCCGCCGCCGCGGAGAGGAGCAGCGGCGGCAGCGGCAGCAGCAGCGGCGCCGGUGCGGCGGGCGGGGGGCUGUCCGGCGGCCUGACGCAGCCGGCCGGGUGGCAGUCCCUGCUGUCGUUCACCAUCCUGUUCCUGGCGUGGCUGGCCGGAUUCAGCUCGAGGCUCUUCGCUGUCAUUCGCUUCGAGAGCAUCAUCCACGAGUUUGACCCCUGGUUCAAUUACAGGUCAACGCACUACCUGUCUUCAAAUGGCUUCUACGAGUUCCUCAACUGGUUUGACGAACGAGCCUGGUACCCUCUGGGCAGGAUAGUGGGGGGCACGGUGUACCCGGGCCUGAUGGUCACAGCAGGACUCAUCCACUAUGUGCUCAACCUGCUGCACAUUACAGUCCACAUCCGGGACGUGUGUGUGUUCCUGGCCCCUGUCUUCAGUGGUUUAACGUCUAUCUCCACCUUUCUGCUAACACGGGAGCUGUGGAACCAGGGCGCGGGGCUGCUUGCAGCCUGCUUCAUUGCAAUUGUCCCCGGCUACAUCUCCCGUUCUGUGGCUGGCUCUUUUGACAAUGAAGGCAUAGCCAUCUUUGCCCUGCAGUUCACCUUCUAUCUCUGGGUGAAGUCGGUGAAGUCGGGAUCUGUGUUCUGGGCCAUAGGAUGCUGCCUCUCCUAUUUUUACAUGGUUUCAGCUUGGGGCGGUUACGUGUUCAUCAUCAACCUCAUUCCUCUUCAUGUAUUUGUCUUGCUGCUGAUGCAGCGCUUCAGUCGGAGAGUUUAUAUAGCCUAUAGCACCUUCUUCAUCAUCGGGCUGGUUCUGUCCAUGCAGGUCCCCUUUGUGGGUUUCCAGCCAAUCAGGACCAGUGAACAUAUGGCCGCAGCAGGGGUCUUCGUGUUGCUCCAGGUCUACGCCUUCCUGCAGUACCUGAAGGACCGACUGACGCGUCAGGAGUUCCAGACUCUCUUCUUUCUGGGCGUCUCUCUGGCUGCUGGGGUUGUUUUCCUCUCGGUCAUAUAUCUGACUUACACAGGUUACAUUGCUCCGUGGAGUGGGCGCUUCUACUCCCUCUGGGACACUGCCUAUGCUAAGAUCCACAUUCCCAUUAUAGCAUCGGUAUCUGAGCACCAGCCCACCACCUGGGUAUCCUUCUUCUUUGACCUCCACAUCCUUGUGUGCACCUUCCCAGCAGGCCUCUGGUUCUGCAUUAAGAACAUUAAUGAUGAGCGGGUCUUUGUGGCGCUCUACGCCAUCAGCGCGGUGUAUUUUGCGGGUGUCAUGGUGCGUCUGAUGCUGACUCUGACCCCAGUGGUGUGCAUGCUGUCAGCUGUGGCCUUCUCCUGUGUGUUCGAACACUACUUGGGUGAUGACAUGAAGAGACAGAGCCCGCCUGCAGAGGACAGCAGCGACGAGGAUGACAGGAAGAACGCCGGCAACCUCUAUGACAAGGCUGGGAAGGUGCGUAAACACGUGUCGGAGCAGGAGAAGGCCGAGGAGGGCCUAGGCCCCAACGUCAAAUCCAUCGUCACAAUGCUGAUGUUAAUGUUGCUGAUGAUGUUUGCUGUCCACUGCACCUGGGUCACCAGCAAUGCCUACUCCAGCCCCAGUGUGGUACUGGCAUCUUACAAUCACGACGGCUCUCGUAAUAUUCUGGAUGACUUCAGAGAGGCCUAUUAUUGGUUGAGGCAGAACACAGAGGAACACGCCAGGGUGAUGUCCUGGUGGGACUACGGCUACCAGAUAGCAGGCAUGGCAAACCGAACCACGCUGGUGGACAAUAACACAUGGAACAACAGUCACAUAGCACUGGUGGGCAAAGCAAUGUCGUCUAAUGAGACUGCAGCCUAUGACAUCAUGAGGUCGCUGGACGUCGACUAUGUCCUCAUCAUCUUCGGUGGCGUGAUCGGCUACUCGGGCGAUGAUAUCAACAAGUUCCUGUGGAUGGUGCGCAUUGCUGAGGGGGAGCACCCCCGGGACAUCAGGGAAAGUGACUACUUUACCCCACAGGGAGAGUUCAGGGUGGAUAAAGCCGGCUCCCCCACCUUACUCAACUGCCUUAUGUACAAAAUGUCUUACUACCGCUUUGGAGAGAUGCAGCUGGACUUCCGGACGCCACCAGGGUUUGACCGGACACGCAAUGCUGAGAUCGGCAACAAAGACAUCAAGCUGAAGCAUUUAGAGGAGGCCUUCACCUCUGAGCACUGGCUGGUCCGAAUUUAUAAGGUCAAAAAGCAGGAGAACAGAGACCGCGUGGAGCACAAGCUGCGAAGCAGCAAUGCCAAUAAACAGAAGUACACAUCCAAAAAGACCUCUAAGAGAAAGCGGGGCUACAUUAGGAACAAGCUGUCCCUCAAGAAGGGCAAGAAACUACAGAAGAAAUUUUUAUAGAAAGACCAUCACCAACAGAGGCACAUUACAGACAGGAGAGAGGAGAGAAAAUCAUAAAAAUAGAAAAAACUUCAAGCAAAACAAGCAACAACAGUAAAUCCACAUAACACCAGAGGCUCUCCAGACCCUCCAUCCUGAGCGUCCUCAUCUGCAGGUCCAGGCUGGAAGAUGGUACCAUCAUCCAGUAGAAUCCAUGAACCCCAAGAUGACCUGAAAGGGCAGGUGAAGGUCCCGAGAUCCUCCCCACACUGGAACUGUGACCUUUGACUCACUUUUCUUUUUCUACUUGAAUGUACUGUGAGCGAUGGGAGACGGAGAGACAACAAGGAAGAUUAACUGUCCUUAAACCAGGGACUUGGCUUGGGAACUGCUCUAUGCACCACUCAGACCAAUGUUCAGCUGUAGUAUAUGACAAAGUUGGAGAUGAGGCCCCAGCUAUGCUCACACUGAGACAAAUGCUCUUCCCUCUUGUUUGAGUUCAUGAAAUUGUCCCACUUGAUUAGUCUUUUUGAUGGAAAAGCAGAGGGAGCAGCAGAAAUACCUGCCCACCACCAUCCUGUCAGUAAGCACAGAUGUUCAGUCAUAUGAAUUCAGGUGCAAACAUUGAUCAUCCAGCCCUGGUUCAAUUUGAUUUAGUGUAUUUCGUUUUGAAGCGGGAAGGAGAAACCAUCAAGCUUCCUCUCACCUUAUGCUGCUACAUUGGCACAACAUAUUGUUUCAAUAUUAGACUGCAAGGCCUUGAUUACUUUUAUUCCUUUUGCCUGGGUGUGAUUUUCAUAGUGCUGACAACCAGAAGAUUGGGAGGAGCAGCAUUUAGGCAGGUUGAAAACAACCUGGGUUUUCAGAUUUGGAAGAUAAAAUAUAAAGGCCGGAAACUAACUUACCUACACUUAACAACACCUCAGGUACAUUCACUAAGUUGUAGCACCAAUUAAAUGGUCUUGCGUACAAUACUAACCAACAUCUCUGUGGAGAAACUACUACAUUGUUUCUUAGUACAAAAUACCAUCUAAGCAUGAAUUGGGACUUCUAACAAUGACUUAAUUGGCUAGAACAUCAAUCCCACUUUGCAGGGUAGGAUGUAAGUUGAACAUUUUUGAACCCUGGUUACACAGUCAGGUUGCAAUAGACACGAUGAAUUUGUUUUGUGUUGUCGUUCUUGUCCUUCGUAAAUUAGUAAAAUUGGCUGAAUGUUACUAAAUUGCUGGUUAGCUUACAUCUGAACAUGUCUGACCACUUCUAAUCACACUGAUGAAUUUAAGUCUGGAGCCAACAGAAACUGUGGCCAAAGCUAUGAAUUACAGCUUCAAUUACAUGAAACCAGAAUUCUCCUAUAAGCUACACAAACAAUUGUUGUUUACAGACAUACAGUAUGUUGGUAAACUUCUCUGGGCUCCACAUUCAGCAGUGUUCUGUUAGUGCAGGGACGACAGAUCAGGAACCGUGGGCUGCAUUUGAUCACUUGUGAUGUAUGAAUACAUUACACGUGCUGCUUCUCCCCUCUCAGAUAUAAGGAUCACACACUCUUUGCAGACGCUGCUUGCUCUUUCAUGAGCUAAGAAAAAAAGUUGUGCAGUCCCUCUGAGAUUUCUGCAGGAGGCAGCUGUGUUCCCACACUGAGAAGCUACAUUCUACUUGUUCUAACUGGCUGAAUGUCGGUGUCUUUUAACACUGUGGUAGAAUGUUGUCAGCACUAAGCCAAAUCCCCCUUUGAUUUCAAACAUCUUACAGGUUUUCCUAAAUAUAAUUUUAGGGACAGAUCAAGCUGAAGCUGUGUUUGUGGUCGUCAUGGGAACAGCAUAAGAAAAUCACGGUGGAUGAGAUAGUAUUGGCCUUAAAUAAACAUCAUAUCUUAACUACACUGUCUGUGUAAUAAAUACACUCACUGACUGUUUCUUAUUGGGACGAUGUCCAUGGUGACUAAGGUGAGCAUAGCAUCUUUGUGGUUUGUGAGGAUUCUUCCAUUAAUUGUAAUGAACGGGAUUGCAGAUGUGAGAAUGAAACAUGCCUUUUUGAUUAAAGAGGUUUAAGUAACUCUGUGA